AUGAUUAAAUCCCCUCUCUGCCCGGCCAACCGCCCGCCCUUUGUGCUGCUGUCUUCUUUCACUGUGCACUCAUUAUUUUUAGUGGAUGCGGCAUUCACUCGGUUCUGCACGCUUUCCGGCAUCACCACCGUACACCCGCGCCGCGAUUUAAAUAAUGCGUGCCAGCAGUUGCAACCGACCAGACUCGUUAAUGAGCUCUCCAACGCCGACUCGGCAGCGGCCUAUCUAACCCCUGACCUCACGGAAAAACGGAAUGCUCCCAUUGACCUGCCGCAACCUGCCGCGUUGCUCCUCCACCGACACGUCGACUUCCAGGGGGAUUACUCCAGGGCCGUAUCAUCAGCGAAUCGGCCUCUAUUUCACGCUGAGCUGGCAAAUGCAUCACUCGCUUGGGGCAAACUUGGCCGUCAUAUUGAAAUCUCGUCUAUUGCUCUCGCCUCUGCGGCGUUUACUUCUUCUCUUCCCCUAAUGAAGAGCCACGAAAAGCAAACAUUUCGUUGGAUAUCAAAGACCAGCAAUAUCCAAUCUCGAUUCCAAACUGCGCCUGCCAAACAAUAUGCGUUUCAACCGCACAGGGCAGGCGGGAGAAAGCGGGACCUUGAUAUCUCUUCAACAUCCGUGUCCGCUGGGGCUACCUUUCUUCCAAAUUCCAGGCGUCAUCGAGCAUGUCUUGUUCCCUUCUCAAACCGCAUCGGCCGCUCUAUCGCACACUCUUUGCCAACCACCUCAUGUUCUCUGAGUUACCCAUUGCGGCAUUUGUUUCAGGAAAACUCUAAGGGUUAUAUUCGGUCUCCAGCUGACAUGACUAGUCCGUGUAACCCCCAAGGACACACCAGGUAUUCGUCACUCGCCUUCCAAAAAAUCCACCCGAUGACGCUCCACCUGUAUCACGGACAGUGCAUGCAGCUUCGGAGACACUUGUGCCUUGGGCCAAGCAUGCUGUUGAGCCAUCAACUUAGCCACACCCGAAACUGGAAGGCAUUUCUUCCAGGAUCCGAUCCGGGCCACUCAUGCCCGGCACAAUCACCACGCAUGCCGCACGAUGCUCGUCCCGGUCCGACCCUGUCUCAGCCACAUGCCAAAAAUAUGCCCACCCAUAUCGAUCAUCCAGUAUAUAACUCUUGGGACUGGCAUCCCGAGCACGCGGCGUCAUGUUCAGAGAAUGUGUGUAUUCUCAGCUUGGUAACCCAAGAUUGCAAUAUAGAAAAUCGAUACAGUUUCUGCGCGCUACGUACGCUUUCAUUUCCAAGCAUCUUUUUGGGAUCGAGCUGUUACCCUAGAUUUCUUCAUUUUCGCGUCUCAAAAGUUUACGGACCUCGGAAGCUAGGCGGGCACUUGACUUCUUGGUCCCCCAGAAAGAAGAGCCUGCAUUCCGAGUACUCACCUGUGAUAGGGUAUAUUAAACCGGCAUUAUGCCCGGCGGAUACUCUAUUUCUCUCCCGGAGCCAGAUCGCGACCCUCCACUUCCCAGGAUUAAAUAGAAUCCUCCCGCAACAUUCGAUAGAGGCAAAUCCGUCUAGAGAUUGCGGGCAUUUGUCGUCGACUUACACCAAUGAGCUGGGCUUCCUACUCAUAUUUUGUCUCCUCUUUUCCUAUUUUUGUAUUUUGGCUGGAACAUUGCGGAUUCGUAAUCGCCUGAAGACAUGUGCAGAACACGAGUGGAUGUGCAGAUACACAGAUUCUUUACAAAAUUUACGUACAAGGUUCUUCAUAAAUUUGACUAAAUUUUGGGAACUGCGUUUACCCUUCCAAUCGACAUUCACGUCUCGCUCUUCAUUGCCCAUGACCCUCUUCGUGGACAACGUGCUGCUUCUCUCAUUAACCUUAAUGCCAUUGACAGGGUUGGUCUAUAUAAGCUCCGUCAUAGUCCUCAAUACCUACUGUCCCUUAUUCAUACUCGAUGCCUUCACAAAGAUCCAUUUUCAUCACCCACUGCUUCGAGCAAGAACACAAUGCCAACUUACCACAGGGCAUCGACAAGACAUCGAAAGCGGACCAGGACUAGCUAUCGUUUCCCAAGCCCCAUUAAAGGAAACUGCCAUUUUCAAUAAAGGCUUAUAA